GUCACGGCGUUCCUACCACACGUCCUAUUUAAUACGAGUAAAUACUAAGCCGCCGCUUAAUCUAUAAAUUCCUUCAAGAACCUAACUUUCUAUCCUUCAAUUUCAACGACUAAUUAAACCCUUAAUCUAUUUUUAACAAACAAAUAAUCCACAAAAUCUCUCAUAAUCCAAACAAAAGCUUCAAAUUAUUGUUGAAUUUUGGAUCAAGUUUUUUUUGAUGAUUGUGAAGAAUUCAACGACGACGGCGAAGAUGGUGGUAGUAGAUGCCGAGAUUUUGUGUCAGACGAAUGUUUCCGUUGAGUACAUCGGCGUUUCAACGGCGGCGCCGGUAGUCGUCGAUGAGGAUUUGGACUUCUUUGAUGUUUCUGCUACUGCUACGUCUUCUUCUCUUCCAAAAUCUCGUGAAUUUCGCUCUGCUGAUUUGGUUUCUGUUGAUAUUUCUUGUUCUGACUCGGGUGUGAGAUGCUCAACUAAUACUCAGACGACUAUAAUCGAUUCAGCUAGAAGCAGUAAUGUUAUCCCAGCUAUUCGUUCGGGUAGCUAUACUGAUAUUGGACCUCGUAGAUCCAAUGAAGAUGAGCAUAUUCGUGUUGAUGAUCUUUCAGCUCAGUUGGGUUCUCUAUACAAUUGGCCUCUUCCGGGUGCCUUCUAUGCUGUGUUUGAUGGUCAUGGAGGUUCUGAUGCAGCUGCUUAUGUCAGGACGAAUGCAAUGAGAUUUUUCUUUGAAGAUGCUAAUUUGCCACAAACAUCUGUUGUUGAUCAAGCAUUCUUGGGAGAAUUGGAGAGUUCUCAUUUGAGAGCAUUUUUAAUUGCUGACCAGGCCUUAGCUGAUGAAUGUAGUGUUGAUGCCUAUUGUGGGACAACAGCAAUAACUGCCCUGGUUUUAGGAAGACAUCUGGUUGUUGCUAAUGCUGGUGACUGUCGUGCUGUUCUUUGUAGGAAAGGUGUUGCAGUCCAGUUGUCUCAAGAUCACAGACCAACUUGUCUGGCAGAACGACAAAGAGUUGAGAAACUAGGUGGUAUUAUUGAAUACGGUUGCUUAAAUGGUGAUCUUGCAAUUACUCGAGCCCUUGGAGAUUGGUAUAUGAAGCUUCCAUUUGGGUCUGCAUCUCCUCUUACUGCAGAACCAGAAGUUAAGCAAAUGUUGUUGACUGAGGAUGAUGAGUUCAUGAUACUUGGUUGCGAUGGCAUCUGGGAUGUGAUGUCUAACCAAGAAGCAGUGAAUGUCGUUCGCUGUGAGCUUAAGCUGCACAAUGACCCGCAGCAGUCUGCCAGAGAACUUGUGAAUCAAGCUUUAUGUAAAGACACAGAUGACAAUCUCACUGCAAUCGUUGUAUGCUUUACUUCUCCUGAUCACCGAACUUCAGUUCCAUCCCAGAGGCCAAGAUUCAGGUGUUGCAGUUUGUCCGAGGACGCGAGGAAGAAGCUGCAAAGUUUGUUAGGAAGCAAUUGAGUGUAAACUAGCAUUGUUUGAUGACCAUAUUAAUAUAUUCUUCCUACAAUGUGUAUAAAUGAAUUGUUUCAUUUCUGGUUUCAUGUCUGUUUGAGGCUGCUUCAGGGAAGUGAGAAAAAGCAGCCAGCAGUUUUGCAAGGCUAUUGCAUUGUAGUAUAUGUGCUGUCAAUUCUUUUUAAUGGAAGGAUAAAACUUGUGGUGUGA